CUUCAGAUUAAAGGAAUCGCAAUGGCCUGGAUAUACAGCAAAAAGUUAUUUUUUUCAAUAUUUAUUGACAUCUAAAGGCUCGUGAUUGGUUGGCGCGCUGUGACGUCACCUGCGUGGCCGUCAACGUCGCAGACAUGGCGGAAGUGAAAGUGUUUCCUCUGUGCUGCGUGGUGCAGUGCUAUUCCUGGGGUAAAGUGGGUCUGGACAGUGAGGUGGCCCGGCUCGUGCUCGGUGGAGACCCUCAGGCUCUCAUAGAGGAUGCCAGACCCUACGCAGAGUUAUGGAUGGGUGCCCACCCCAAAGGAGACGCUCUCAUCAAAGACAACAGGAUAUCCCAGAGGACACUGGGACAGUGGAUUGCAGAUUUCCCAGGAAGCCUGGGGUCAAAGGUCAAAGACACAUUCCACGGGCAGCUCCCUUUCCUUUUUAAAGUGCUGUCCGUCAACACGGCUCUGUCCAUCCAGGCACAUCCCAACCGGGAGCUGGCCGCUAGGCUCCACGCACAGUUUCCUGAACACUACCCCGACAACAACCACAAACCAGAGAUGGCCAUCGCUCUCAGCCGGUUCGAAGGUCUCUGCGGCUUCCGGCCCAUGGAGGAAAUCUUGGGCUUCCUUAAAAAUGUCCCAGAGUUCCGAUCGCUGGUCGGUAACGAAGCCGCCGAGGAGCUCCAGAGCGCCGAUGGAGACCCGGGCCGGACGUCUCUCGCUCUGAAGAAGUGCUUCACCAGGAUGAUGAACUGUGAGAAGAAGCUGUUCGUCGAUCAGCUCAACAUGCUGGUCAAACGCAUCUCAGAGGAAGAGGCUGCAGGCAGAGACACCUCUGGAAGCAACGGAGAGCUGCUGCUGCGGCUGCACUCCCAGUAUCCGGGGGACAUCGGAUGCUUCUCCAUCUACUUCCUGAACCUCAUCGUGCUGCAGCCGGGGGAGGCCAUGUUCCUGGGAGCCAACGAGCCUCACGCUUAUCUGUCUGGAGACUGUGUGGAGUGCAUGGCUUGCUCCGAUAACACCGUACGUGCCGGACUCACUCCCAAAUACAUCGACGUGGACACACUGUGUGAGAUGCUGAACUACAGCCCGGCUCCGGUCAGUGCCAAAAUCUUCCCCUGCGUGCGGGACAACGCCGACCCCUGCGUCUACCUCUACGACCCCCCUGUGCCAGACUUCACCGUCAUGAGAAUACAGAUCCCGGCCUCGGCGCAGCACUACACCGUGAGCGCGCUGGACUCCGCCGCGAUCCUGCUGGUCGUCCACGGAGAGGCCGUCGCCACGUCUGCCGCGGCCCUCUCCGACAUCGCUCUGACGCGCGGCUCCGUGCUUUUCAUUUCGGCCAAUGAGAGCGUCUCUUUACAGGUGACAUCGGCGUCAGGCAUGACCAUGUUCAGAGCCUGCUGCUUACUGUAGGAGACGUGCGCUUCACAAACCUCCCGUUCUGUCCUGAUCUAAACCAACGGGUCAAACUAAGUUUAAGUAGAAAUCACGGUCCCAUGUUUUUGGCUUCAACUCGAACAUGCAUGACGAACGACCUUUAUUAAAGGAACGGUUCACUCAAAAAAAAAAAAAAAUUCUCAUUCUCAGUCUCGUUCUUCCACUAAAGAAGAUAUUUUGCAGAAUGUUAGUAAGCGAAUCGUUUCUGAUCCCUAUUCCGUAUUUUUUUCCACACUAUGGAGGUCAACGCAAGCGUUCGCUUACUUGUAAGUAAAUGAUGACAGAAUUUACAUUUUUUUUGGGUGACCUGUCCCUUUAAGUUGGCGUAUUAUGACGACAUUCAGUGUUAAAAUAGCUAUGCUUAAUCAGUAAAUGACAAAAUAUAUCAUUAAACGGAUUGAAUUAUGAUUCUGCAACAUGAAAACCUCUGCAUGUUCUUUUGAAAUAUGUAAAAGUACGUAAUUCCUUUGAGUCAACAUGAAAUGCCGUUCACGCACCGUUUUACUUUAAUAACGUGACGUUUACGAGGGGAAAAAUGCAGGAGGGAAUUUGAUUGGAUGAUAUAAUGUGGUCGUUCCAGGAUGAAGUUAAACCACCAGCAUUAACGCAGCAAUUUGCCCAAAAAUGAGUUUACUGUAAAUGUGCUUACCCUCAGCCCAUUGUAGUAUUAUCACUUGCUCAUCGAUGGACGGUGUCGCCGUUUGUGGGUUGUUUUUGAUGCCUGUGGGUUCAAGUGACCCCAGUGAUUCGUUUUUAUCCCCUUGAAUGUGAAUUUGAGCACGGGGGAACCCCGCCAAAAACACGUGUUUUAACACAAUUUUACUGAGCUGGUUUUUAGUGGCAGUUUAGCGUUGCAGACCCGGCAACCUCUGCAGUGAAUGGGUGCCGUCGGAACGUGUGCAGUGCUUUCUAUUCAGUUUCUGUGGGGUAAAAAGAUCUGGGAAGGGAGUUAGACGUCAUAGUUUAAUCCCAACCCAUAAACCAAGAGAGUCCGAACAGUUUAUUGCAAUAAUCCACACCGCUCUCCAGUCCAUUACCUGUCUUGUAAAGUUAAAACCGAAACAAAAACAACUUUAAUAAAGUAAUUUACAAUUUUUUUAUAAAAUACAGAUCACUGGUGGGUUAUUUGGAUGUUUUAUUUCAGCUGUUUUGGCUCUCAUUCUGACGGCACCCAUUCACAUCCAUUGAUUUAAUGCCGCAUUUCUCUAAACCUGAUGAAGAAACAAACUGGGGAUGGCCCGAGGGUGAAUGCAUUUUCAAGAAAUGUUCAUUUUUGCACGGACUAUUCCUCAAAAUAAACAAAGUUUGAUUUCACGUUGGCGCAAACAAGUCCAAUGCACGCAUGCAUGAUCACUCACUAUUGGCUGCGAGAUAUAAACAUUUUACGCGACGAAAUUUGUUCCAUCAGAGAUUUUUGCAUGCGUUCAAAAAAAAUCUAAACUCGAAUGGAGGACAGCAACGACUUUACUUUUACAUCAAAACCUGGUAACGUACACCCGAGACCGAUUUGAACCCUUUAAGACCUGUUUCGUGGCACUAACCGCUAACAAUAAACACUCUUCCAUGAAGAACAUACGCGCUAAACCGAGCUCUCAUGUGACGGUCAUGAGUUUUGUGAUUUGAUUACCUGUUUUAAAAAAUAACCCUGCCAGUGUUUUCAUACAGUACACGUGAAACUUUGUUACCGAUUUGUAUCCUCCCUUAUAAGUGACUGUAUGGCUUGAUCUGUGGUUAUGCUUUAUUGCUGUAGUUACUAUUUGCACUAGCGGUGUGGAGAGCACAAAGGAUGCUGGGAAUUGCCGGCGUCCCAAUGUUUGUUUACUGUAUUUUUAGUGGCCUCUUCAGAGUCGUACGUGUAAAAACCUGAAGACUGACCUCAAAACGUGCUGACUUCCGGGAUUCUUUCUAUAUUUUUGGAGCCGUUUUAUUGUGGCGCUCUGGGAUCGAAGCAUGCGACGGGUGACGGCCGAAGUCCGAGUGAAUGAAUGUAUGGCGCUUUCUGAGCUGUGAUGGAGCAUGUGUCUGAUAAGAAGACCUCUGUAUGUAAUCCCUAAUAAAUAACUGUUCUUUAACCUUU